AUGUUCAAAAUUGUCAGUCUAUGCAAACGAAAAAUCAAGGAAUUUUGGAAAACGAUUAGUUCGUACGUUAGGAACUUGUUUAGUUGCUAUCAUUUCGAGCGGGAAAAUCGUCGAAGAAACUCACUGACCCAAAUCGAACGUUAUCUGGGAAUCUUGCUGACAAAGAAUCUCGAGUGCCAAACGGAAGACCAACAGUUCCGCCGACAUUUAAAAGAAUCACUCUUGCGCAUUACCAAUCUGUUGGAAAUUAUUGGAUCUCGUUAUUAUUUCUGCACUCCAUUGGCGCUUCGACUGUCAGAUAAAAAUGAUAAAAGCAGUGAGGACGAACACUUACUGAAUAGAGAAAAUGUAACAAGUGAUCAUUCAACCAUGCUACACGAAUGUCGAAGUCAGAUCUUUGUCGCUGAGAUCGAAAAAAAAAUUAGCACAACCCUGUGUGCAAAAUUCAGUGCAGCUAAUCCUCAAAACGACUUUCAAGGGAAUUUCUUCGAUAUCUUUACUGUUAAUGUACCUUUAUUUAAAGAGAAGUUGAUAGAACACAUCAGGAGUUUAAGGGAUGAUGUAUCUUUGCUGAAGGAAAUGUUGUGUACGGUCGAACAGAGCCAGAGGAAAAAUCGAAAUGUAACAAAGGACAUCCAUACAGUCCCAGAAGAUGACACAAUCCGAAAGAGAGAAGAUACAUUUCUGCAGGCCAAAAUGAGAGCUUCGAACUUUGCAAGGUUUUAUCGAAUGAGACGGGCGAGCGAGAAGAAACAUAAGAAUGUCAAGCGAAGAAAUGUGAAAUAGUUUCAUUGCGUAUUUCAAAGUUUUGCAGCUUUUUAAUUAUUACGUCGCCAAAAAGUUAUCCUGUCCAAAAUGGCAAUCGUAAUUUUUCAAAGAAACUUUG